UUGAGUGGUUUUGCGGUUGUAAAAAUUGCAUUAAAUGAAGUAGAUGAAAUAUAUUUAGUGUUAAUGUAGUCAGUGUUAGAUAAAAGUUAAAUAGCAUUACAUAGGUCGAGGCAAACGGGUAGGGUAAUUGCUCGUAUAAUAAAUGGGUGCUUUAGUGAUUUCAUACUAUUUAGGAAUACUAAGUGAGUGUUCUUUACAGUGGGAUAUUAUGGAUAAUAAAAACAAAGAUUCAUGAGAACGUGAAGAUCUAGACAACCUGGAUCAGACCUAUUAGAACCUUUCAGGAGCAGAUGGAAAUACAUCACAACUAAAAUGGCUGACUCGAAUUUAACGGUGCCUGAAGUAAAUGUAAUAUAUCCAUCCAUAACAGACUAUUACACAGACUUGAAACCCUUCACAAUCCUAACCAUAAGCGCCGGUGGACUAUUCUUUCUCAUCAACAAAAUCAUCUUCCUUCAGACGCUAUGCAAGAUUUUCAAAAGAAUUCGUACCAGCUACCGAUGGCAUACAUUAGCAUUGUGCUCUAUAUAUCCAGUUGUAGCUUUAAUGGCCUUCAUGGCUAUUUUGAUUCCGCAAGCCGGGCUUCUGUGCAAUAGCAUAAUGCAUAUAUCGUUUACGAUAUGUUGUUUUAUAUUUUAUAAAUUAUUUUUUAAAUAUGUGGGUGGUGAGAAGAAUUAUCUUGAAAAAGCUGAUGCAGAUGUUUUCAACGUACGAACGCCGCCAUGCUGCUGUUGCUGUUUUUGUCUGAAACCAAUCUCGGCGACUAUAGAACGUAUAAGUUUUGUAAGAUAUAUGAUCCUCCAGUUACCAAUCGUACAAACAGCAUUAGUGCUAGCGAUAAAUGUUAUUUAUUUUGCAGAUUUUAAUAUCUACCAAAAUGUUUCCUAUUAUUUUAUACCAUUUAUGGUAUCUUCAAUCUUAAUUGGAUUAUGGGGUCUGAAUAUUCUCGUUCGGCUAAUUCAACCACAGGCUAAGAAUCACAAUUUAAUGUUAAAAUAUCUCAGCUUACAAUUGGUAUUAGUUUUCUGUAAGCUCCAACCAGCAAUUCUAGAAGGACUGUUCCACCUCGUCGUUUUUCCGAAUCAAUAUCCGUUGACCGAGCAUGUUUACAAGCAAAGCAUAAUUCAAGUGGCAAUUCUGGGUGAAAUGAUUUUACUUUCGCUUCUUGCCCAGAAGGCAUACGAUAAACCGCAACAUUUGUGAUAUACCACUCAACUGCUUUUGCAAAUGUUUUUUUAAAUGCUUUCACAUCUCCAUGAAAUAUGUAUCUGUUAAUGUUUGAUCCAUGCACAUACCAUACGUUGUUUCAUAAUUUAAGACUAAAACCAGUUAGGAAUACUCAAGAGCACAGUGAACAAUGUACAGCAACCUUUGUACGAAUGAGAAGAAAUAUAUUUAUCUAAUAUUGUUUUAUGUAUU